AUGGGAUCCCAUAAUCAUAGUAUUCCUAUCGUUCUCUCUCCGGUUGAUUCGAUUCGAAAUUAUGUCUCUUCUCCAGAGCCUUCAGAAGUGUGGCUGCGUUUAUUGAUCUGGAGCGUGAUCGUUGUGGUCGUUUCGGUGAUCUUGCAAAAAUCCGUCGACAGUUCAGAAUUAUCUCACCUAGGCGAGACCUUGGCUGGUAGUGAACCCUACAUCAUCCGCUCCGGGCCAUUUCGUGAGCUGGUCAUAAGCCAGCCAGCCCAUGUCCAUGAGUUCUAUCGACACGAUACCAAAGCUCAUAGUAAACCUCCAAACUUCAACCUGGGCAAGCCCUUCGGCUGCCUCAUGGGCAAUGCCGUCGGGAUCAAAUAUGGGGAGGCCUGGCGAAGAAUGCGCCAAUAUUUCGACCCGGAGUUCGCCCUUCAUCGGAUAGCGCAGCAGAUUCCCUGUCUGUCACAAGAAAUUCAUCAAUGGGUAGACAGGAUCAUGGUCACUCCGAGUGUUGUUAUUCAUGCCAAGCGGUCAUUCCAAUUCCUAACGUUUCGCCUGCUGGCGGUACAUCUGUAUGGAGAGGCAUUUAGCGAACUGCUGUAUGAACGCCUUUUGGAACUUAAUGCCCUCCAUGAAAUUAUCAUCCGUGAUAUGUUGCUGAGCAAGUGCCCCGACUCAAAGCUCUGGAACAUCCUUCCAACCGCUGCACGAAGACGACUGCAAGCAUAUAUUAAUCAGUGGCGUAAAUUUAACCAGGCGAUUAUUGGAGAGGCUCGAAUGCGAAAUUUAUCUUGUCCUAUCGAGCGCAUCUUCCGCGGCGUGGACCAGAAAAAAGAUAUGGAAGAAGAUGAGUUUUUGCAAACAUUAGACGAAAUUCUGUUCACGAAUGUCGAUGUCAGUGCCAGAGUUCUGGGCACGCUAUUUACGCAUUUAUCUAUCCGUCCAUCUCUGCAGGUGUUGUUGCGAGACGAGAUCCAGCACUGGAAGCAUGACCCCGAUCUCAAUCUCCCCAAGUAUAUGGCCCAAUCGGAUACGCUACUCAAUCGAAUGGUUAUGGAAAGUAUGAGGCAUUCGCCGGCAUUCGGAUUCUCGAUGCCAGAGCGCACGUCCGCCCCGAAAAUUAUCGGGGGGUACUUCAUUCCUCCACACACAUCCGUGGUCAUCGACACUCGGCGUCUCAAUCUGGAAGAUGUGACGUGGGGCCCAGAUGGCGCUGAGUUCCGACCUGAACGCUUCUCUGAGAUGCCGAAGGAUAAGCUGCGAUGCGGUUUCAUGAGGUUCGGGGCGGGAGCUGCGUCUGGUCGCUGUUUGGGGAAAUAUGUUGCAGAUGUGGUGUUCAAGUUGACCACGAUGAUCUUGGUUGAGCAGUUUUCUCUCGGUACUCGGGACACCGACGGGGCUGGAGAUAUUCAGGUGACACGUAUUGAACAGUUUUGA